AUGGCAUGUGUACGGCUAAUCCAAGCACUAUCUUUCAAAGAUGAGAUAGAAAGGUUGGACAAGGGACAACCAAUUCCAGCUACUUCAAAAUUAUUCCAGCUGGCACCGUUCACUGAUUCUGAGGGGAUCCUCAGGGUGGGCGGAAGACUGCGACACUCACUAUUAUCGGACGAUCGUAAACAUCCAGUGAUUCUAAGCCCUGACUGCAAGUUGUCCGAAUUGAUCGUAAGAGGAUACCAUUUGCGCACUUUGCAUGGAGGCAAUCAAGUAACCCAAGCAGCAAUCAGAAGACAGUACUGGAUAUUGCAGUCUUCCAAAUUGGUAAAAACAUGCAUCCACAAAUGCAUCACCUGUUUUAAAUCAAACGCAAAGCCAGGAGAACAAUUAAUGGGAGCGUUACCUGAAACACGAGUCACCCCUGGAAGAGCCUUCAAAACCUGCGGACUGGAUUUUGCCGGACCAAUGCAACUAAAAUGGUCAUCAGGCAGAGGCGCUAAAACGAUGAAAUCCUAUAUAGCACUCUUUAUCUGCUUGAAGACCAAGGCCAUUCACUUGGAGGUUGUGAGUGAUCUCUCUGGACAAGCGCGUCUUGCAGCAAUCAAACGAUUUGUGUCCCGGCGCGGUUUGUGCUCGGAUUUGUAUUCUGAUUGUGGUACAAAUUUCGUAGCAGCCAGUAAAGAAAUAAAACACCAGUUCAUGCAGAUGAUGAAAACCGUUCAGUCCACGGUAGCUAACGACAAAAUCACCUGGCACUUCAUACCUCCGGGCAGUCCUCAUUUCGGAGGAUUAUGGGAAGCUGGGGUGAAGUCAGUCAAACUGCACCUGCAGAAAGUAAUCGGUGACAGCUUGCUAACAAUGGAGGAAAUGUAUACGGUUCUCACCCAAGUAGUACUCACCCAGAUCGAAGCAGUUCUUAAUAGUCGGCCACUCAUGCCCAUCAGCGACGACAUUAAUGAUCUGGAAGCACUAACCCCCGCACAUUUUUUGAUCGGCGAACCACUCAUAUUAAUCCCGCAAGAAACCCCGAACGAAGAACUAAACCUGCUGAAAAAAUGGAAACUAACACAGCAAAUUGUAAAACAAUUUUGGAACCGGUGGUCAGACGAGUUCAUCUCAAGGUUACAACAAAGGCCAAAAUGGAUGAAGACAAAGCCGAACAUGGAACCCGGACAACUGGUAUUAGUCAAGAGCGAGAAUUAUCCUCCAUCAAAGUGGCCAUUAGCUCGUAUCACUGAGGUUCAUCCUGGUGCAGACGGUCUAGUUCGCGUAGCAACAAUUAAAUUACAUGGCCGUAUUACCAAAAGACCAAUCGUCAAGUUAGCGGCUCUACCUAUUGAAGACCACCAUCCAGUGAACAUUCCAGAGGGUUCGAACAAGAAUGAAGAUGCCUCCGCGAACAAACAGGACAGUCAACCCACUAAAGUCAACCGGAAACGAAGAACUGCUAAGCCAACCAACGAACCAACUACGAGGAAAACAUGCUGCCCACGAUCAAUCUCACCUUCAAUUGUUUUUUUUUCUCAUGUCGGUCAUAGCGUGUCUCCUCCCAUCGAUAAGUACAGCAUUGAACAUAACAUCAAUUCCUAG